AAAGUGAUUGUGAAGUGUCUUUGUGGGGAUGCAGAAUUAUCACUACAUUAACUUUAUGCAGCUUCAUUCGGAAUAUAGGAGCACGUAUACAUGGCAUGAGUAUACAGGACCCCAUCAGGAGCACACGGUUGUGCGACGUGCGCCGCAGCCGCCACCGUCAACGAAGCAACCAAGCGCGAAGCUACAAUCGGCCAAGUCAACCGAGGAUGAAAACAGCGAAGGGCCCACUUUGGAACCACCAUUGCCCAGACGAAAGAAAUGCCCGGAGCUCGCUUAUAAGACGCACGAAUUUAUUACGGCAGCAGAUGGUGGUGGUAUCGAUGCCAUCGACUCGAAUGUCGUAGCUGAUAAAGUACGGGAAGUUACAGCAACGUCGGCACUGCCACCGAAUCAGCUCAGCAAGGCGAUAUCUCGUAUCAGUACCGAGUAUCGGUUGCAGUUUGCUUGGCCUAGAAGACCACAAUUAACAAAUGGCGAGACCCAGGCACCGGUUUCAGCCGCGGGAGUUUCUGCGGGCACCGCAGGUCCGCCGAGGAAGUCAUUGAGCAUGGGUGCGCUUAAGCAGGGUAUGGCGCCUACUGGACCCGCGCCGGUACAUAAAAAACGACCCGGUGACUUCGAUCACAAACGCGAUGGAGUUCAAGCAUCGGAACUGGAACCGUUGGUGGGCGGCAUUGGAACGGAUACGAUCGACGGUGUAGUACCGGAGGCCGAUGAGCGCGAAGAGGACUUGUCGGAUUUGAAAGUAGCUUUCAGGGGUAAAAAGUCAGGUAGGACCGUGCGGAUAUCGGACAAUAAGGUACCGUCGGAGGCGAGACCAUUUCCCACGGCGGAGGUGAUCGAGCUCCGGCGACUCGCUGAUGAGUACAAGCAUCGUGACUGGGGUUGCGGUCUGGCGGCCGAGGACGAGGCUUCGCUGUGGAAACGAGUCUCCAGUAACCACGUGCUCAACGCUCUAUCUCUUGCCAGGUCGGUUACCAAGGAGGAGAAGGAGAAAGAAAACACGAGGAAAGUCGCGCCGAUCGUCACUAUGCCACCGGCGGGUCGACCAUCCUCGGUGCAGGCUAGACCGAUUCACGGCAUAUUGCAGGAUGACAAGGCGGAUGCUGAUCGAGCUAUCGCUCGCGCAAGAAAAGAUUUCUUGAUUCGCCAUCAUCUCGACCGUACUACUGGUGUGGGUGACGGUGCACUACUUCCCUCUCCGACGAGAGAAAAGUUGGAGCCUGUGAUACCACGACGACGUGAUGACAUCAAGGAGCAUCGAGACGAGAUUCAACCGCGAACCAAAUCCAGUCCGAAGAAUAGUCCGAGAACCGGACGCUCCCAGAGCCUUGGACCGACUGUCACUGAUCGUAGAUCGCCUAAACGUCAGCUUCCUCGUGCACCAUCUGUUACCAAGGAUGCCAAGGAAAAGGAGAAAGAGACGAAAGAUAAGGAUCAUAGGGAGAAAAGUGGUGAACCCGAAAGACAUCCACGACCGACCUUCCUCGCGACCACCGUUCCUCCCAAUCGCCCUCUUCAUCACGCCAAACCCACAACCAUCACCACUACCAAUACAACCAACAUCACUGUCACUAUCGCUAACAGUACUAGCGCAAGUACCGCCCCGGUAAAACGUUCCCCGGUAAAGCAUUCGGUUCAUACGACCGUCCAUCACCCACUUACGUCAGGCGCUGCCGCUGCGGCCAGGCCGGAGCACGGCGUUAAAGAUUUAAGCCAAAGGUACCGUGGUGCGAAUGACGAGGCUCAGACAAAACUGGCCCGCGGGCAUCCAGCAGCUGCGGCUGCAGCCGCCGGCGAUGAUCCAUCAUCCAAAUCAUCCCUCGAUAUGCGAUCCGCGUCAAAUCGAGCCGCUACUACCGCCGUCCAAGCUAUGACAGCGGAGCCUCAGAUAAACGGAGAUGUCACGGGCGGGGAUUCGAGCGUCGCCUCAACGCCGCCGUCGCAAACAACAAAAGCGGUACCGACGUCCGCUCAAGUAAGUCCCUGGCUGGACAACGAGCCGGUGGUGAAGAGUCCGCCGGAGCCCACAAGAGUAAAGUCGCCAGAGCAGAUGAUCAUGCGUUCACCGGAACCCGUGAAUUGGACGGUACCCCUCGACACCGGCAAGACCUUCACCGUAACGCAAAACGUCCGGGAAGAACCUUUCACCCGUCCGCAUAGUGAGGCAAAGACGUGGGCACCCUCUUCGGUACCAUCGGCUCCGCAAUCGGCACCGCCGGAGCUCGCGGCUCAACAUAAAUCGCAACAUUCCCAGCACUCUGGUUAUAAGUCACCCGAGAGCGAGAGCGUCUCGCUUGGUAGUUUUAGCGGUAUAAACGGCCACAAAGACUUGGACUCGGAGAGAGACAGUCCGUUGCCCACGAACGUGCAGGAUACGCCCACAAAAGAUGAGAAGGGAGUCACUGAUGUCGUCGAAGAAACGAAAGAACAACAGAGCCCAGAAUUGUCGACAAAACCGGUGACAGGCACAACCUUAAGACGGCUGGAAGAUCCAAUGUUCGAAAUGGAAAGAAAAAAGGAAAGCGAAAUGCCGGUAGCAAUCACGACAGCAUCGAUCACUGCAUCGACAACGUCGUCAUUGUCGCCCGCACAACAGCAGAGUUACCGUGGUUUCGAGACCGAUAUGUCAUCUCAGGGUACUGGUAGUGGUGGCAGUGGAGGUGGCGGUGGCGGAAUCAGCGGCACUGGCGGCAUGACGAGUGCAGGAAGUAGCACCACUGGCAGCACUACAGGUGGUUAUCAUAUUCUAGAGGCACCUGCGGUGGUACCGGGUUCGGCGCAACGUUCAACAGCGAGCGACGUCUUGGAGAAGGCGCGAAACCGCUUCGAUAAAUUCUGGGGAAAGGGCAAUAACGGCGCGGAGAAUUAGAAGCCACAUCUCCUCCGAAACGAUAAGGAAAGAAAGGGGAUGAAAAUACUUUGAUGAAGAAUCCUAUGAAUUAUUUCUCAUCUUGGUAGAGCAGGAUGAUCCCAGGAUGGAAAAAAAUAUUAUCCCGCCCCACUAUGUCCUACCGUCAGUUGGUCUGUCCAUGUGCUUUCGUAGCUUGUAGCUGCUCAGAAGAAUGUAUAUGUUGUAUGUGAGAGCGAAAGAAAGAAAAAGAAGCGAAAUGGUAUCUCCGUGAAAGAAUUUUCUUGAUUUAACGCCGCUUUGAUAAUUUAACAUUUUGAGAACAAAAUCUUUCUUUGCAUUGCAUAUUAUAUUGCCGACUCUGAAAAUAUUGGAAAGUAUUUCCAGAGAAUAAAAAAUCAUGUAUAUUGAUUAUAAAUCAUGAAUACAAAACAAUUUAUCAAAGGUUAACAAAAAAAUUGAUAACUAAGGAGAGGAUUGACAUUGUUGAAAAUGACAUUGUUUCUAAAAUUAUAAUCUUUGUAAUUAAUUUAUUAAUUCAUUAAGAAGAUUAUUAUGUAAUAAAUAUCUAAUCAGAAUGAUUAAAAUGAUACUAAACAUCUCAGAUUAUAAGCAAAAUCGGAUUCCUGCUUUCACGGAGACACAAAUUUGAAAAGGCCGAGAGUUAAAUUACUGAUUAUUAAUGAAAAAAAUUUCCUGCUCUUUUUUCUCAAAAGACAGACUGUAGGACAGCGUUGUGGAUCUGCGAUUUUAUCGCAUUAGCAAAAGAAAAGAGAGAAAAGAAAAAUAAUUCUAAACAAGGAUAUGUCAGGGUGAAAGAUCUAAAAGAUGGAUGUGAGAAGCUUAUAUGACGACGAGUGCGUGCAGAUUGCGUGUCGCUAUCGCUUCAAACUCUGAGGAAUGACUUGAAGAAUGUAACCAUUUAACACUUACAUGUGCUUGCAUAUACAAAUAGAUAAUUACAUUACAUGCGACACGCAUAUAAACACAUACCCA